UUUGCAUUGUGUUUGCUGAUAGGUUGUGUACUUCCUGGUUGUUAGACUCAGUGCUGUUUCUGUAGGACGUGGGUGUGUGCAGUCUCCUUCCUCAUUGUGUCUCAAAGAUGUGGCUUUUGAUUGCUGUGACAUUUCUGAUCCAACAUUAUGCAUAUUCAGAAUCUAUAUCUAGAAAAAUUAGGAGUGGAUCAAGUGAUUUUAUUUAUAGUCCAGAUCCGGAAGCAACUAUGAAUAUUAGUGAAAUGAUCAGAUACAGAGGAUACCCAAGUGAGGAGUAUGAAGUCGUUACAGAUGAUGGCUACAUCCUGAGUGUUAACAGAAUACCCCAUGGAGUCAAAUAUGGAUUUACAGGCCCUAGACCUGUGGUUUUCCUUCAGCACGGUUUGCUGGCAGAUGGUAGCAACUGGGUCAGUAAUCUUGCAAACAAUAGCUUGGGUUUCAUCCUAGCAGAUGCCGGUUAUGAUGUUUGGAUGGGAAACAGUCGAGGGAACACCUGGUCUAAGAAACACAAAACCCUUUCACCAGAGGAGGACGAGUUCUGGUCUUUUAGUUAUGAUGAGAUGGCGAAACAAGAUCUACCUGCAGUUAUAAACUUUAUUUUACAAAAAACAAAGCAGGAGAAAAUAUAUUACAUUGGCCAUUCUCAGGGUACCACAAUAGCCUUUAUAGCAUUCUCAAGUAUGCCUGAGCUGGCUGAUAAGAUAAAAAUGUUCUUUGGCCUCGCUCCGGUGGCUACCGUCAAGUUCUCCAGCAGUCCGCUGGCAAAACUUGGGAUUUUCCCAGAGUUCCUUGUCAAGGACCUGUUUGGGAAGAAAGAAUUCCUCCCAAAGACGUACAUCAUCACAUGGCUUGCCACACAUUUUUGCACUCAUGAACUAGCAGAUCAUCUUUGUGGCAACGUUUUCUUCCUCUUAUGUGGAUUUAAUGAGAAAAACCUUAAUAUGAGUCGUGUAAACGUGUAUUCAUCGCAUUGCCCUUCAGGGACUUCCGUGCAGAACAUGAUCCACUGGGGUCAGGCAGUAAAAUCUGGUGAACUGGAAGCAUUUGACUGGGGAUGGAAGGGUAAUAUGAUCCAUUACAAUCAGUCUACUCCUCCAUUGUACAAUGUGAGAGACAUGAAGGUACCAACUGCACUUUGGACGGGAGGCAAUGAUUGGCUAGCUGAUCGGAAGGACAUCGGCUUAUUGCUCACACAAGUCACUAACCUGGUCUACCACAAAGAGAUUCCAGAAUGGGAACACUUGGAUUUUAUCUGGGGCUUAGACGCUCCUGAACGGAUGUACAAUGAAAUCAUUGAUUUGCUGAAAAAGUAUUCAUAGUGUGUAAUUAAACCAUAUAUAACCAGA